AUGAGCGCAACAUCAAGUAGCAGUAUUCGUCAGGUGGGUCCAGAUCGCAGAGAAGGGCGUUUACUUUCUCUUCAUGGGUUCACCGGCGACGAUGGAAAUGGCGCACGUCAGGUAGAUCCCGUCUUUUUGGAGUUUACGUUGGCUGCUUACUUGGCAUGGCGCGACUUUGAAGAGCGUCGAGGGGACAUUUUGCCGCAUCUACCGGACUUGCUAGAAGACUGCGACUUUCACUGGGGGCUGGAGGUUCGAGACACCGCACUUUCUCCUAUCGUGGGUGUGAACGAACUGUUGGAGGCCACGGACGAUCCAUACGACAUGCCCUUUGCCAUUACUGGUAGCCUGUUCAGUUCCGUCACGCUGCAAGUGACAACCUUGGCGGCAGCCCUGGAGAUUCCUCAGGUGAGCGGAACGUCUACUUCCAUGCAUCUGGAAAGAAGUGACCUGUUUGCCAGAACCGUUCCGACCAACGCACAAGAUGCCCGAGCCGUCAUGACCUAUUACCAUUCCUUGGGAGUCACACGGUUGGCAUCUGUGUUUAUGAAUGAACCGUAUGGUGUUCAGUAUAACCAGGCCCUUCAACAAGAAGCUGGAAGACUCGGAAUUACAUUGCUCUUUUUCCCGAUAGAGCAUGGCAAGGUGGAUCAGAGUAUGCAGGACUUGAAGGAGUCACAGGCCAGAUUUGUCUUUGCUAUUGUCCUUGAAGGGGACUGGCGAAUGAUCAUUCAAUCCGCUUACAAACAUGGAGUUGUGGGAAACUCAGACUAUGCUUGGAUGGCUCCUGAUCUCACGUAUUUGCUCAACCCUACUUUUGGGCUGGACAAGGAGGAAGAGUCAGACAUUGCACUGGCAAUGCAUGGAUUAGGCAUUAUCAGUCUGCAAAUGCAAGCCAGCUCUCAGCACUUGUUUGACAAGGCUCUACAGGAACUGAGGAAGAACACAACGCAAUUACAAGACUUUAUUGGCCACACUGCCUACCCAGAUCUGUUUUCCAAUUUCUCAUUUGCAAGUGAUGCAGCGCCCUUCCUGUACCACCAUCUCAUCUACGACAGUGCCAUUGCCCUGGGGCUAGCUGCCUGUUCAACUCCUGGGCUGUUCAAAGGUGCGGACUUGUACCAGCAACUUCUGAUGACAGAAUUUGAGGGGGUUUCCGGUAAUGUUUCCUUUGAUUCCGUGACAGGGACCAGGGAUGCAGUUGGUACUCAAUACCGAGUCGACAAUUUGCUGAUAUCUGCAAGUAGAUCUACAGAGACUGUUGGGUCUAAUAACACUGCAGCUACUAGUAAUAUCAAGGUUAAUUUGUUGAUUUGGGCGAGCUGUGAAGAAAAAGUGAUCUUUCUGGCUGGUCGCUUUGAAGUCUGGAUCUGA